GUGUGUAUAUUGAUUGGAUUAUUGUUUUCUUCUUUCUCUCGGUUCGUUUUGGACUGGGGUGGCGAAUUUUGGUCAUCGUGAUGAAAAAUGAAGAGUUUUUUAUUUAAUUUUCAAUUUGAAUUUCAAUUUUCAAGUUGAAUUUCAUUUCUCAGUUGAAUUUCUCCAGAGCCUCUUGAGAUGAGCAAACCCUAGCUUGCUGAAACUGAAUUCUCCAUUGCUGGGUUGUUUGUGCAGUAUAUAUGGAGUUCGAAGACCACAGAUUCUUCGGAAAUGAAUGAGUUAGGAUUUCCUUCUCUAACUUGCUGUUAAGGCUUUUUUUUCGUUCUUUCUGGUAUUUACCUUGGAAUUACUGUAAUCUUUGGCGGGGGAGUGAAGUGGAAGCUGCAUAACAAGAUCAUUUGUUUCAGGGGAUGGUCUUACAAGUUUGGAGAGAGGAAUGAUCGAGAAAAUGUAUGUUGUUACAUGCUUUUCUUGUGAAUGGACUGAUUUCCAGUAUAGAGAAUUUCACCCGUAAUAUUAGUUUCACUUUUCAAACAUAGGGCAGUAAUUGGAUCCUGUCAUGUCUCGGUCUGAAUUCCGUGUAAGUUUCGGUCCAAGAACUGAGAUAUCCAGCUAUCUUUGACGAAUUUGGCAGGAUGAGUGACUGCCUUGUUUUAGUCUGAUGUUGCCAUGGACUCAUUCAAGGAAGAGAGUAUGUGGUGUAUUUAUUGAAAAUUUUUCUUUGGUAGAAUUCCAUUCCAGAAAUUUUAGGUGUUUCACUCCUGUGUACCUGCAAUACAGGUCAAGAAAGAGUGAUUGUUCACCUUUUAUUAGAAGAUUUUGGAUAAAUUGGAUCUUGUUUUGCAUGAUUUAGUGGUUUCAUUAUUUACAUUGCCUUAUUUGAGCUCUCAAAGGAAAGAAACCCUUGCAAACUUAUCGUCUGACUUAAUUCUCAUCUAAAGAGGCUCAAAUUUAGAGAAAUCGUGAACAGAAAAGAUCACUGCUUAAAAUGAAUGACCAGAUUUGCUGUAAAUCUUCAAGGUCUUGCAUUAUGGAGUGUGUUAAUCUGCAAUGUGGCUACAGUCAUUGGAAAUCUCUCUAGAAAGAAAAAAGUGUCAUCUUGGCCAUAGUUCCUUGAUAUAGCCCUAGAAAUUGGUACUCGAUCUGUUUCCACGAGUUGCUCUUAAGAUGUCGGGGAAUGCAAUUUUAGAAGCAUCUCUUGUUCCUGCAUCCGAGGCCCUGUCUAAGGUAGUAGAUGAGAUAGUAGGGACAUUGCGAAGUGCCAAUGAUGUGGUCAUAGAGCAGAAGAGCUUUUCUGAGCUCUCAAGUUACCUGGAAAAGGUUGUUCCAGUCUUAAAAGAACUGAUGCAUAAAAACCUUUCACAAUCCGAGAGUGUGAGCAAUGCAAUAGAGAUUCUCUGUAGAGAGGUCAAGAUUGCUAAUCAUCUCAUCUCAGAAUGCUCUAAGAGAAAUAGGUUUUAUCUCUUAAUCAAUUGUAAGAAAAUAGUUAAGCAAAUCCAAGACACAACUAGAGAGAUUGGUCGAGCCCUUAGCCUCAUUCCCUUGGCUUUGCUGGAGAUCUCCUCAAGAACCCAUGAUGAGAUUGGGGAGCUAUGUGACAAAAUGUUGACUGCUGAGUUUAAGGCAACUGUUAAAGAGGAAAAAGUUCUGGAGAGUAUUGACGCAGGAAUAAGGGAACGUAGUGCCAAUAGAUCAUAUGCAAAUGACUUGCUUAUUCAGAUUGCUGAGGCAGUUGGUGUUCCAAGUGAUAGGUCAGCCAUUAAGAAGGAAUUCGAUGAAUUUAAGAGUGAAAUGACUGAUGCCCAAUUGAGAAAAAACAGGGCAGAAGCCAUUCAAAUGGAGCAAAUCAUUGCUUUGCUCGAGUGGGCCGAUGUUGCCUCUUCUCCAAAGGAGAGGGCCAGUAAAUAUCAUAACAAGAGAAAGUCUUUGGGAAAUCAGCUCUUAGAACCCCUUCAACCAUUUUAUUGCCCAAUAACCCAAGAUGUUAUGGUGGACCCUGUUGAGAUUUCAUCAGGUCAAACUUUCGAGAGAAGCGCCAUAGAGAAGUGGUUUGCUACUGAGAAUAAGAUUUGCCCUGUUACCAAGACCCCAGUUACUGGUGAGCUCAGACCAAAUAUUACCUUAAGGAAAUCUAUCGAGGAAUGGAAGGAUCGGAACACCAUGAUCACAAUUGCCUCUAUGAAACCCAAGCUUGGUUCUCAUGACGAGCAAGAAGUAUUGGAUACUCUAUUGGAGCUGCAUUCUCUUUGUGAAGAGAGAGAUGUGCAUCGGGAAUGGAUUGUGAUGGAGGAUUACAUACCUCUCCUUCUAAGGUUUCUUGGCAGGAACAGGUCUGGUAACAAUAAGAAGUUAAUCAGGAAGCAGGCUUUGACCAUACUCUGCUGCUUGGCAAAGGACAGCUAUGACACCAGGGAGAGAAUAGCAGAGGUGGAUCAUGCCAUUGAGGAUAUAGUUCGUUCACUUUCUAGGAAUGUUGGGGAACGCAUUUUAGCUGUUUCUUUGCUUUUGGAACUAUCGGAGAAUGAUGCAGUUCAUAACCGGAUUGCAAGUGUAAAGGGAUGCAUAUUCCUCUUGGUCAACAUGUUAAAUGAUGAGAGCUCUCAAGCUGCAGAAGAUGCGUGUAAGCUUUUGGACAAUCUUUCUUCGGUUGAUGAGAAUGUAGUACAGAUGGCAAAGACAAACUAUUUCAAACCCUUAUUGCGGUGCCUACAUUCUGGAUCUGAAGCUGUGAAAACGAAAAUGGCCACAGCUUUGGCUGAAAUGGAGUUAGUGGAUCACAAGAAAUCUUCUCUCUUUGAUGAAGGUGCCCUCACAUCACUCCUUGGAAUGGUCUCCAAUGUAGAUAUGCAUUGUAAGGAAGCAUCCAUAAGAGCUCUUCAAAACCUCUCUACUGUGCCUAAGAAUGGGAUUCGUAUGAUCAAAGAAGGGUUGGUGCACCCCUUACUAGACCUUCUGCAGCUUCCAAGUGGAUCUUCACAAACCUUAAGGGAACAUUCAGCUGCAACCCUUGCCAAUCUUGCAGUCUCUGCCACAAUGGCUGAACCUGGUGGAGAGAGAGUGGUGUUUUUGGAGUCUGAUAAUGACAUAUUCAGGCUGUUCUCUUUGGUUAACUUGACUGGACCUAGUAUACAGGGAAGCAUACUUGCUGCUUUUCAUGCAAUGUGCAGACCUCCCUCAGCAACUGACAUGAGGAACAAGCUAAUUGAGGCAAGAGCUGUUCAAGUUCUGAUUCAAGUCUUCGACAGUGGGAACCUUGUAAUCAGGUCAAGUGCAGUGAAGCUGCUCUUUAGCCUGUCUCAGAGCAGCACUAAUAGCUCAGAAAUGGAGCAAAUUGCUCAGAGUGACCUCGAAACCCUAUUAAACAUAAUUCAAACAUCGGCAGAUGAAGAGGAGAAAGCUGCAGCCAUGGGGAUCAUCGCCAACCUCCCUGUGCGAAACACAGAGAUCACCCAAUGGCUUGCAGCCUCAUGGGCACUCCCAAUUAUCAUCAGAAUCCUCGAAAAUGCUGCUUAUUCAAAUAACCAGCCUCAAACUCAGUUGGUUGAGAAUUCAGCUGGGGUUCUUUGCCACUUGACUUCACCAAAUGAUGUUGAUUGUCAAAGAAAAGUGGCUGAAGCCAACACAAUCCCAAUUCUAGUGAAGCUUCUACAGCAUGGAAGCAGCUUAACAAAACGCCAAGCUUCAAUUUCACUUGCACAAUUCUCUCAAAGUUCUGGUGGUUUGUGCAGGCCAUUGAUAAGAAGGAGAGGCUUCUUGUGCUUUGCACCUCCUCCAGAAAGAGGUUGUCGUGUCCACCCUGGUAUCUGCUCAGUAGAAGAGUCUUUUUGUUUGGUAGAGGCUGGAGCAGUGGGGCCACUGGUUAGGGUUUUGGAGGACCCGGAUGAAGGUGCACGCGAGGGAGCUUUGCGGGCUUUAGAGACUCUAAUCGAAGGGGAGCGGUUACAAAGUGGCAGUCAAGUUAUUGCGGAGGCAAAUGGAAUAAUGGGCAUGAUAAGAUUAUUGAGCACAGAUUCAGCCAAUGUUCAAGAGAAGGCACUUAGGGUUUUAGAGAGGGUGUUUAUGUUGAAUGAGUAUAGAACAGAGUUUGGCACCUCUGUUCAAAUUCAUCUUGUGGAUAUUACCCAGAGGGGGAAUAGCACUACCAAGUCUUUGGCAGCCAGGACUCUGGCUCACUUGAAUGUGCUUCAUGAUCAGUCCAGUUAUUUCUGAGAUCAAUGGGCAGGGUUCUGAUGUAGCAAAUGUGAACUGGGAUAUGGAAGAGAAGGCAAACCUGAUUUCUGGGAAAAAAGUACCUCGGAAUAUUUUUUUGAGAAUGAAAGCAGCUCACGUGUAAUAUAAGAGCGAAGGGUAUUCUUGGAUUUUUAUAGGAGGGUUUAAAUUCAUUCUUUUUCGUUUUUUCAAUUAACCAAAGCACCUCUAGAAGUACCUUCUAUCACCAGGUGUUAGAGUUCUGUAACUUGACACAUUUUUCAAAUGAUGUAGAGGGGUUGAUGUCUCAUGAACAAAAUGGCAGGUCUUUUGCAAGGAUGCACUGGUUCUUUCAUGCGUGUAUUGUAUUCCACUUUCUGAAGUAAAGUCCAUUUUUUUAAAGCAAAUAAGAGGUUAUUCCAUGGGACUGGUGUAUUCAUAUGUGUGUAUAUUAUUUCUGAUCCUUGUCUUCACAUUAUCUUCUGUAUGUAGAAUGUUCCUUCUUGUAAUUGGGCCAGAAUUUUACCCAUUUUGUACUUGGAUAUCUUCUGUUUAGUGAUGGCAUUCUUUCUGUACUCA